AUGCACUGCGUUGUUCACGCGUCCUCUUCUUUUCUGUAUCGCCAGAGCUAUACCGAGACUCUGCUGUCUAAACUGCUGUAUCUGUUCAACGAUCCCAACGAAGCGUGUGUGCUAGCUGGAUGGGAUGCGACCAAGGCCGUCACAGCCACCAUUGCAAAGGAAGAUCAGGACGACUUCUUGCCAAUGAUCCGAAAGACCAUCUCGUUGGCAUCACACAAGAAGGGAUCUCGCGAGUCUGUGGACGAAUUGCCCGGGUUCAAUCUGCCCAAGGGCAUUAGUCCCAUCCUGCCCA